AUGUCGAGCGGAUCGGAAAUGAUGAGGAUGGCGGAGAAGCUGAAGAAGCUGGAAGAGGUGGUGAAGAAGAUGGAAGAGGAAAAGGAGAAGAUGAAAGAGGAGAAGGAGGUGGAGAAGCGUAGAAGGGUAGAGGAGGUGGAGAUGGAGAAGCGUAGAAGGGUAGAGGAGGUG